CCCAGGAUGCAUCUGGUGUGUGUGGCGGGGCUGUUCCUGGCCCUGCUGGCGAUGGGGGGCUCUCUGCGUCUGGGAGCCUUCAACAUCAAGUCCUUCGGAGACAAGAAGGCCUCCAACACAACUCUCAUGGACAUCAUCAGCACAAUUGUUCACCGCUAUGACAUCAUCCUGAUCCAGGAGGUCAGAGACACCGACCUGUCAGCCACCUACAUACUGAUGCAGCAUGUCAACAAGGGCCCGUCUCCAUACAAGUAUCAACACAUCGUCAGUGAGCCACUGGGACGCAGCACCUACACAGAGAGAUACCUCUAUCUCUACAGACAGGAUUUGGUGUCUGUGGCUAAGAACUACACCUACGAUGACGGGUGUGAACCAUGUGGAACCGACACCUUCAUUAGAGAGCCCUUCGUUGUCAUGUUUUCCUCCAAAUACACAGCUGUGGAGAACUUUGUCCUGAUUCCCCAACACACGUCUCCAGACUUUGCCUUACAGGAGGUGGAUGCUCUGUACGACGUUGCUGCUGAUGUCCGAGUCCGCUGGAACACCAAUGAUAUUAUUCUGCUGGGAGACUUCAAUGCUGGCUGCAGUUAUGUCACUAGCUCUGAAUGGGUGAAGAUACGCCUCUUCACAGACAAGAGCUACCACUGGCUGAUCACGGAUGAUAUAGACACCACUGUGUCAAACACCGUCUGUCCCUACGACAGGAUAGUGGCCACCACAGACAUGAUGAGAGGACUGGCCACAGGCUCGGCUCGGGUGUUUAACUACAUGGAGGCCCUGAAGCUGAGCCACAGCCUGGCACUUGGGGUCAGUGACCAUUACCCAGUGGAGGUAGAACUGACUGGGCCUGCUGUUUGAAUUCAGAAACUCUAAAGCAGCAAUAAAAAUGGUCUAAACCAGUCAUUUCUC